AUGGACAAAGGGAAUUACACAGCUGUAACUGAGUUUUUUCUGGUAGGUCUUUCUCAUUACCCAGGCCUCCAGAUAUCUCUUUAUGUGCUCUGCUUAUUAAUGUACUUGGUGAUCCUUUUGGGAAACAGCAUCCUGAUUAUCAUCAGUAUUCUGGAUUCCCACCUUCACACCCCUAUGUACUUUUUCCUUGGGAAUCUCUCCUUCCUGGAUAUCUGUUAUACAUCUUCCUUUAUUCCUAAGAUUCUGAUUAAUUUUACAUCUGAAAGAAAAUCGAUAUCUUUCCUUGGAUGUACACUACAGAUGGUUAUUUCUCUUGGACUAGGAUCAACAGAAUGUAUCCUCCUGGCUGUGAUGGCCUAUGACAGAUAUGUUGCCAUCUGCAAUCCCUUAAGAUAUACCAUCAUUAUGAAUAAGAGACUCUGUGCACAGAUGGCGGCUUGGACUUGGGUAGCAGGAUUUCUAAUUGCCCUGAUACAAACUGUACUUGCCAUGAUAAAACCUUUUUGUGGGAAUAUUAUUGACCACAUUACCUGUGAGAUUUUGGCACUUCUCAAGCUGAUUUGUGUAGAUAUAUCCCUCAAUGUGUUUAUCAUGACCGUGGGGAGUAUUGUUCUCUUAAUCACCCCUCUGAUGCUCAUUUUCUUCUCUUACAUUUUCAUCCUUGCCACUAUCCUGAGAAUUAACUCUAGUGAAGGGAGGAAAAAAGCCUUUUCCACCUGCUCAGCACACCUGACUGUGGUGAUUUUGUUUUAUGGGUCUGCCCUUUUCAUGUAUAUGAAGCCCAAGUCUAAGGACACAAAGACAUCUGAUGAAAUCAUUGUGCUUUCUUAUGGGGUGGUAACCCCAAUGCUGAACCCCAUCAUCUAUAGCCUGAGGAACAAAGAGGUGAAAGGAGCUGUGAAGAAAGUCCUAUUCAGAACUCUAUUUUUACAGAAAACAUGA